CCAACCCACCCAGACAGAUAUCCAGCAAUCAUCACUACCCAGCACCAUGUCGAACUACGAACUCCCUUUCAAGCUCGACGACCCGUCGAUUCUACACUUCGAUUCCUUUGUGAACAAUGAGUGGGUGACAGCGAAGAGCGGGGAGAGGUUUGAGGUCAUCGACCCAGCAACCACCAAACCCUGGACCAGCAUCUCCACCGCCACCGCCGCCGACAUCCCGCGAUACACUCAGACCGCGAGCCGCGCAUUCACCACCUUCCGCACGACCCCGGCUCGACAGCGCGCCCAGCUCAUCCAAUCCUGGGACACGCAGAUCCGCACGCACCGCAGUGACCUCGCGCGGAUCCUCGUCCACGAAACCGGCAAACCGCUGGCCGAAGCGCUCGGCGAGAUCGACUACGCGCUGACCUUCACCUGGUGGUUCGUGGGGGAAGCGGAGCGGAUCACGGGGACGAUCACGCCCGCCGCCCUCCCCGGGCGACGGGUGCUGACGAUCAAGCAGCCCGUCGGGGUGGUGGCGGCCCUCGUGCCGUGGAACUUCCCGGUGGCGAUGGUGGUGCGGAAAGCGGCGGCGGCGUUGGCGGCGGGGUGUACGAUGAUCGUCAAGCCCUCGCCGGAGACGCCGGUGAGUGCCUUGGUGCUCGGGGAGUUGGCGAAGCGGGCCGGGUUCCCGGCGGGGGUGUUCAAUGUCGUGACGACGGAUCUGGCGCAUACGCCGAGUGUCAGCGAGGCGCUGUGUCGGGCGCCGGAGGUCCGCAAGGUGACCUUUACGGGGUCGACGAGGGUCGGCAAGUUGGUCGCCGGCUACUGUGCCGACGGGCUGCGGAAGAUGACUCUCGAGCUCGGCGGCAAUUGUCCGUUUGUCGUCUUCGAUGAUGCGGACCUCGACCAGGCGCUGGGGAUGCUGAUGGCGCUCAAGUGGAGGCAUGCGGGCCAGGCGUGCAUCGCGGCGAAUCGCGUCUAUGUCCAGGCCGGGGUGUAUGAGCGGUUCGUGCAGAUGCUGACGGAGCGCACGCAGAAGGAGAUCAAGGUCGGACGGGGCUGGGAGGAGGGGGUGACCAUGGGGGCCAUGACCACGCCGCAGGGGGUCCAGAAGGCGGUCGAGCAGGUGCAGGAUGCGGUGGCCAAGGGAGCGACGCUCGUGCUGGGGGGCGAUAGAAUCGAGGGCGAGGGGUAUUUCUUUCCGCCCACCAUCCUCAAGGAUAUGACCCAGGAGAUGCGCGUCUCGCAGGAGGAGUCGUUCGCCCCCAUCGCCGCGGUGUACCGGUUCGAGACCGAGGAGGAGGCCGUGCGCUGGGCGAACGAUACCGCCAUGGGGCUGGCGAGUUAUGCCUUCACCAAGAAUGCGGAUCGAUUGUGGCGGCUGUUUGAGAAUCUCGAGGCGGGGAUGAUCGGGUUGAAUACCGGGGCCUCGUCGGCGGCGGAGGCGCCGUUUGGCGGCGUCAAGGAGUCGGGCUAUGGCAAGGAGAGUGGUAAGGAGGUUGCUGUGAAUGAGUACUUGGUGACCAAAACGGGGACGUUGACGGUUGAUGGGCAUUAUUAGGUGGUGAUAGUAAGGUGGCUGCUACUCUGGGUUGGAGUGGGGUGGGGAGACGGAAUUUGUGGUUGCUGAGUAUGGGGGAGCAGUGU